AUGGUUCAACCAUGUCAAGGAGUCUCCGUCGUGCUGCUAAAGAGCAACAUCACCAGGCUCACAGCUCGUUCCAUACAUGCAGCCGGCUACCACCUACACACAGUGGAACAUUUGUCAGUAAUGGACGCACCCAAUCUAGAACAUGUAGCGGUUGAAGAUCUGACAAAGAUGCCUAAUCUGAAAUCAUUAUUUAUAACACAAGCGCCAAGGCUGCACAAGAUAGCUCCGCUCCCAGCUCUGCCAGAACUACGCACAUUUAUGGUGACAACGUCAGGUCUGGUGGAGGUCCCAAAUCUCAGUCAUGUGCAUGAUCACCAUCGGCAGGGGACGAAUAGUUCCUUGUCUUAUUUGCAAGCUAUUGAUCUCGAGGGUAAUCACAUAAAGCGAAUACCUGCUCAUGCGCUGCGUGUUCGCGCAGAUCAAGUGUCUUUAAACUACAACCUAAUAGAAGAAGUACCAGCGCACGCGUUCAAGAAUGCACAGAUAUCCAAAUUGAGCUUCAGAGGAAAUCCGAAUUUAAGAAAACUAGAUGAGAAUGCCUUCGAUGGAAAUCUUCUACUACGACAACUAGAUUUAAGCAAUACUGCCAUAACCUCUCUUCCGACGAAGGGACUUGAGAAACUAGAAACGUUAAAGAUCGAAAAGACUCCUUCACUUAAAUACAUUCCAUCUAUAUAUGAAUUUCAAAGCCUAGUACGCGCACACCUGACGCACCACUUCCAUUGCUGCGCGUUUGCGUUCCCUGAAAGACACAACCCAGCGAGGCACGCAUUAUAUGAAACUCAGAUGGCGAAUAUGGCACAGAAAUGCGGUAAGAGCUACAAAAACACUCCAUCCAAGACACGAAGAUCACUGCCACCAGAAUAUAUGAGACUAUCAACGGUACCAAUGCUAUAUUCUGGAGAAACAACAUCCACAACUAGCGAAGAAUAUGACGGUACGGAAGAAGAAUACUUCUCGGAUUCCUCCAGUUUUGAAGAUGACGGUCCAGGAGACUUCCAUGACCCGGUUAACAGAAGUCUUGGUGUUUCUUCAUUUGCGGAGUGCGGAAGUUUUAGCCAUACUCGCAGACAAAUAGAAUGCACGCCACUACCCGACGCUCUGAACCCUUGCGAAGAUGUUAUGGGCUGGUCAUGGCUGCGAGCCAGCGUUUGGUUUGUAAUAACCGCUGCAGUUGUUGGAAACAUAGCCGUCCUCAUAGUACUCCUCACAAACCACACAGAGCUAACAGUCCCGAGAUUUCUCAUGUGCCAUCUGGCGUUCUCGGACCUCUGUACUGGUGUGUACCUAUCUAUGCUCGCAGUGGUUGACCUACAAUCGUACGGAGAGUUCUUCAACUACGCUUACGACUGGCAAUAUGGAACAGGAUGCAAAAUUGCCGGAUUUCUAUCAGUCUUUUCGGGGCAGUUAUCAGUUUUUACACUUACAAUCGUGACUUUAGAACGGUGGUUCGCGAUCACAUACGCCAUUUACUUAGAUAGACGGAUCACACUCUCAGCAGCAGCGAAGAUUAUGCUUGGCGGGUGGCUGUUCUCGAUAUUGAUGGCUGGAUUGCCGCUUGUAGGGGUAUCCCAUUAUUCUUCAACGUCGAUAUGCUUACCCGUAGAGAGCGAGAACGUUGGCGUGGCUGUGUACCAGGGUUCACUGUUUAUGACAAAUGCAAUUGCUUGGGUCACUAUUGUUAUAUGUUACGUACAGAUAUAUAGAUCCUUAGGGGGAGGGGGAGAGAAAUAUGGCGGGAGGGGAGCCGCCGCAGCGGCAGAAAGGCGUAUUGCUAAUAAAAUGGCAUUGCUAAUUGGAACAGACUUAUUGUGUUGGGCGCCAGUUGCAUUUUUUGGCGUAACUGCUUUGGCUGGCGUACCUUUAGUAGAUGUAAGUCACGGCAAAGUUCUACUUGUGUUUUUCUACCCGCUGAACGCUUGUGCGAACCCGUUCCUUUACGCGAUACUGACGAAGCAGUAUCGUAGAGAUCUCCUAACUCUUAUAGCGAGGACCGGAAAAUGCAAUUGGUUGAUACAGAAGUAUAAACUAGGAACGCCCCCUCCCACCGCACAAACAAAUCCUUCUGCGCCUGCGCCGCUGUUACCGCUAGUAGAUUACCAAAGAUCACAGUCACAAAACAAAGAGAAUGGAGAAGUGAUGCUUUAA